GUCUACCCUGGACCAUUAAGGAGGGACAGAUGGCUAGAGGCUCAACACAGUGGUCAGGAAUUCAUUUCAGAAGUGGCCACUCUAGGGAGUAUACUCAAGCAUGAUCUCCUUCUGUCCAGAAUGUGGCAAAAGUAUCGAAGCAACAUUCAAAUUCUGCCCCUACUGUGGAAAACCUUUGCCUACAGAGGAGGACGUGGGGUCCCAGAUCUCCUUUGUCAAACCACAUGUGUCAUCCUUCCGAGGCUCAAGGAGAGAGCUGCACUCCAGUUCUGAAAUCUCUCCCAAGAAAGCGAAAUGGUCCAGCAUUGUCACCUCUCCCCCAUUAUCCCUCUUCUCAGACGGUGACAGUUCUAAGUCUGAAAAUACCUUGAGUCCCUCUGAGAGACCCAAAGAGGCCUGGAGCAGAUCCCCAACCCCCAAAAGCAGCCCACAGAAGACUAGGCAAAGCCCUCAGACACUGAAGCGGAGCCGGGUGACCACCUCCCUUGAGGCUCUGCCCUCAGGGACAGUGCUAACUGACAAGAGUGGGCGAUGCUGGAAGCUGGGAUCCCUCCAGACCAGGGAUGACCAGGGAAUUCUCUAUGAAG